CCGGGGCGGGGGUCGCGGUUCCUCAGACCUCCCCCCAGGAUGGCGGCGUGGGCGCUGUGGGUGCUGCUGGUCCCGGUGGCCGCAGAGUUGAUGUUUGUGCUGUUGGUCCCAGGGGCAGAAUUUGGCUUUGCGUCCUGCUACAGUGACCACAUGGUGCUGCAGAAGGAGCCGGCAGGAGCUGUGGUGUGGGGCUACGGGGAGCCAGGGGCCAUGGUGACAGUGGCUCUGUCUGAGGACAGUGGCUUCAUUAUCUCCAAGAAGACAGUGCAGGUUAAAGGACCUUCUGGGACAUGGACAACUGUCCUGGACCCUAUGGAUCCGGGUGGUCCCUACACACUGACAGCUAUGGAGGCCUCAAGGAACGUGACACUGCAGGACAUAUACUUUGGGGACGUGUGGCUUUGCAGCGGGCAGAGCAACAUGGCAAUGACGGUCCUGCAGAUUGUCAAUUCCAGCCAGGAACUCGCUGCUGCUGCUCACUACCCCCACGUUCGCCUCUUCACCGCAGCACCUGCGCGCUCCGACCAGGAGCUGGAGGACCUGGAGCAAAUUGACCUGCCCUGGUCCAUCCCGACAGCCGCCUGGAAAUGGCUUUCUCCCCCCACCCCCCUCCUUUGUUGUUGUUUUUUUCUUCCCAUUUGCAGCUGUUUCUUGAACAGAAAAUCUGGGCCAUGGGAAUUUCUCCUACUUCUCGGCUGUCUGCUGGCUGUUUGGGCGGUACCUGCACGAGGCCCUAGGCUACCCCGUGGGGCUGGUGGAGGCGGCCUGGGGAGGCACCCCCAUCGAGGCCUGGUCCUCCCCCAGGGCUCUGCGGGCCUGUGGGCUGCUGGAGGAGGCAGGGAGCCCAGCUCUUCUUCCAGUCUCUCCCCCUGGCUGCAUCUCUCUGGCCCGCAAGCACCUUCUGUGCUCUGGAACGCCAUGAUCCACCCCCUGCUUAACCUGACGCUACAGGGGGUCUUGUGGUACCAGGGGGAGGAAAACACACACCUGCACACAGACCAGUACAACUGCACUUUCCCAGCACUCAUUGCUGACUGGCGCUGGGCGUUCCACACUGGAUCAACUGGGCAGAACCAGCUGCUCCUCCCUUUCGGCUUCGUGCAGUUGUCCACCUACCGCCGGCAGAGCCCUGAUGACAGCUUCGCCCGGCUCCGGUGGCACCAAACUGCCGACCUGGGGGUCGUUCCCAAUGCCAGGAUGCCCAGCACCUUCAUGGCCGUGGCCAUGGAUCUGGGUGAUGAGCACUCGCCCUACGGCAGCAUCCACCCCAGGGACAAGCAGACAGUGGCCCACCGGCUCCACCUGGGUGCCAGGGCUGUGGCCUACAGGGAGAAGAACCUAGUUUUCCAGGGCCCGUAUCCCACCCGUGCCAUCCUGGACAUGACCAGGGAUCUGCUGAACAUCACCUACAGCCAGGAGCUAGUCUGGCGCCACAGGGACAUGCUGGCCUUCGAGGUGUGCUGCUCCAGCGGGUGGCUGCCGGCACCCGUGGUGACAGUGGAGUUCCACCAGGUGACACUGGCCCUGGCCGGCUGUGGGACGCUGGUGCUGGGCUUGCGCUACGCCUGGGCCGAGUGGCCCUGUGACUACCAGUCCUGUGCCCUGUACAACGCCUGGGGGCUGCCCGCACCCCCCUUCCUCCUGGACACCUCCCCAUCCACCGGAGGGACAGAACUGCUGCUCUGCCCCAGCUCCAGGCUCUAAAUCCCAGGGAACUGGGGUGAGAGGACAGCAGAGGGUGCCGAGACCUUGGGCAAAGCUGGCACUGUGCGAGUCUGAUGCAGCUUAAUUAUUGUCUUACUAAUUAAACACUUCCCAGCUCCUCUUUGGCCUGCAGGGGGUGGCAAAAAUCCCCCAAUUUAAAAUGAAAUUGGUAACAAAUUAUUUUAGGACAGGCAGCAGGAUACAGGGAUGUGAGUUGAACCCUACACUGCUGCUCCUUACAACCCCCCACCCAGGAUACCCCAAACUGGGGGCAGGGUGCUUGCAGGAUCCAAGGACCAGCCUCUGUCUCCUGGGCUGGGACAUGGAGCUGCCAUGUUAAGAAAUUAAACGGCUCAUUUUAUUCUUUA